AUGUAUUCAUUCACAAAAGAAGCGAUCGAGUCCGAUGUGCAUGCUACCGAUGACCUCCAGUAUGGAGAUUACCAGGAUCCAGUGACCGAUCGACCGUCAGGUCCAAAAGUGGGGGAGCUGAACUUCGACGAGUCGACUCGAGGUGGACUUGGUCGACAUCUGGGAAUAUGGUCAACGAUCUUCCUUAUUGUCGGUCGCAUUAUUGGCACGGGGAUCUUUUCAACGCCCUCAUCGGUCACAAAGAGCGCGGGCAGUGUUGGCGCAGCCUUGCUUCUAUGGGUCUUGGGUCUUCUUCUCGCCGGCGCCGGUCUGUGUGUGUGGCUAGAGCUGGGAUGUAUGUUCCCACGCAGUGGAGGAGAGAAGGUUUACCUCGAAGCGGCCUAUCGCAAGCCAAAGCUCUUAAUCACUGUCAUUUUUGCGGUUCAAGCUAUCGCGCUCGGAUUCACAGCCUCUGGGUGUAUUGUCUUCGCUUCCAAUAUAAUCGUGGCAGCAGGGAGAACUGCGACAGAUUGGGAGGAGCGAGGCAUCGCAAUCGGCGUAAUUGUAUCGAUCACUCUUCUGCAUACAUUUCUUCCAAGCUGGGGUGUCCGAGGCAUGAACAUUAUGGGAGUGUAUAAGGUCAUCCUUCUUUUGUUCAUCGUUGUCACUGGUUGGGUUGUCCUCAGUGGCCGUGUGUCGAGUGUAACCGAUCCCUACGCCAGUUUCCAUAACUCAUUUGAAGGAUCGUCGACAUCAAGCAACAUGUACGCGACAGCUUUAUUCAAGGUUCUGAACUCGUACGCGGGAUGGUCAAAUGCUGCAUAUGUGCUGAACGAGAUUCGGAAUCCUGUUCGGACCCUGAAGAUCGCCGCUCCAAUCGGACUAUUCAUCUGCGGUGCGAUGUAUCUCUUGGCGAAUGUGGCAUACUACGCAGCUGCCACACCAGAGGAGAUCACAGCUAGUGGUACCACCGUCGCUGCGUUCUUUAUGGGAAAGGUCUUUGGCAGUGCAGCCGAACGCGCCAUUGGUGUGCUGGUUGCAAUCUCAGCAUUCGGAAACGUCAUGACCGUCACUUUUGCACAGGCAAGAGUGAACCAAGAACUUGCAAAAGAAGGGGUCGUCCCAUUCCCCAAGUUCUGGGCAUCGACCUGGCCAUUCGGCUCCCCUUCAUCCGGCUUGCUGCUGCAUUUCAUCCCUUCGUUCAUCGUUAUCGUGGCAAUCCCAUUCGGCGAUGCGUAUGACUUUAUUCUUGAUCUUGAAGGUUACCCAUCAAGCGUUAUCAACUUCUUGGUUGUUGUGGGGUUGUUCUAUCUUCGGUGGAGCGCGGCAGACGUUCCUCGGCCGUUCAAAGUCUGGUGGCCUGUCGCUCUAUUUUUCAUAGCAGGUCAAGCAUUCCAGCUUGUCGCACCUUUCAUCAGGCCACCCGGAGGGAAGGGUGACACUUCGCUCCCGUACUGGCUGGCAUCUGUGGUUGGUAUCGUAAUUUUAUUUGCGGGUGUCGUUUACUGGGCGAUUUGGCAGAUAGUUCUGCCGAGACUUGGCAAGUACAAGCUGGAGCCAAGGCAUGAGGUGUUAUCUGAUGGAACUACUGUCGUGGUUUACGAGAAGCAUAAAAGUCUUUAG